UUUAGAGAACCGAGUACCCUCUACUCUGAGUACCCAUUGUUAUUGGUUCCGCUCUCUUCUGAUUACCAGAUUCCAGUUCCAAGACCAUUGAACUUCCUUCCGCUUCAAGUUCCUCCGAAAUUCUGAAUUUGAUCGACCUCCACCGCCUUACAAGUUACUACCAAUUCAGCCCGGUUCCUCUCAAGAUCAUGAAUCGCGGUCGCCCUGGAUAUGGAAGACCCCAUCCCAAUAGCAGAGGACGAUCUUUUCGCUCCGCCGAUAAUUAUUCCUAUCGUCCCCGCCAUGCUGGAGGUGAGGGGCCUUCUCUUGAUGGUUCUUCUAACCCUAGCAGUGGUGAUUUCCGAGGCAGAAGUUCUCAACAGAUGCCGUCAAGGAAUUUUAGGAAGAAUUAUGGGCAGAAUCAGGCCUUGAGUUCUGAACAGUGGCAAUGGCGGCCUUUAAAUAGUGGGAAAGAUGCUUCUCCUUCUCCUGGCGCUGUGGAUCUUCAGCAGGAACAUAGUUCAGCUGAUGGUGCAGGCAAUGCCUCUGAACAAUUGUUGGCAUCUACGGAAUCAAAUUCUAAUAGCAACGAACUCUCACCGUCAUCUGCUCUAAAUGUCUCUAAAGAUUUGCAUUCUGCUGUAGAAAGAAUUCAGAUUCGAGAACCUACAACAGAAGGGGAAAGUUGCAGUAGUUUAUUGCCUUAUGAUAAUUGUAACAGAUUAGCUGCUGUUGACCAGGAACUCAAGGUUCAAGUUCCCUUGGAAUCCUGUGCUAAAGAAGAGAGUUCCUCCAUAAAAUCAAAGGAAAAUAAUGUUUCUAACUGUAAGGGUUCUGAGGACAACAAUAAGCCUUCAGUGAACCUUGAUCCUUUUGAUAUUUGCCCCCCAAAGUCUGGACGUAUUACGCUGAAUCCUUCUUUAUUAGCUACGAACAAAGAAAAGAGGAACGAGACGAAGCGCACAACGGAGGGAAACUGUGGAGUUGUGUUGAGACCAGGCAUGGUUCUUCUGAAGAGUGGAAUUUCCCUCAGGGAUCAGGUGCAGAUAGUAAAAAGAUGUCGGAACCUUGGUCUAGGCGCUGGAGGUUUUUACCAACCCGGUUACCGCGAAGGAGGAAAAUUACACUUGAAGAUGAUGUGCCUUGGUAAAAAUUGGGAUCCUGACACUAGUACUUAUGGGGAUGUCCGUCCAUUUGAUGAUACAAAACCACCACGCAUUCCAGUUGAAUUUCACCAAUUGGUUGAGAAGGCAAUCAAAGAUUCUUAUGCCAUUAUGGGAAAAGAUUCAACAGCCAAAACUCCUGAACGUGUACUUCCAUGGAUGGAACCGAACAUCUGUAUCGUAAACUUUUACUCGCAAAAUGGGCGAUUGGGUCUUCAUCAGGAUCGAGAUGAAAGUCGAGAAAGUCUCGAAAAGGGGUUGCCUGUUGUUUCCUUCUCCAUUGGCGACUCUGCAGAAUUCCUAUAUGGUGAUCGAAGUGACAUCGAUCAGGCGGAGAAAGUCACUCUGAAAUCGGGAGAUAUUUUGAUAUUUGGUGGAAAAUCAAGACAUGUUUUUCAUGGGGUGACUGAAAUUCAUCCAAACACUGCUCCGAAAGCACUUUUAGAAGAAACAAAUCUUCGUUCGGGUCGCCUGAAUCUUACUUUCCGUCAAUACUGAAAAACAGUCUUCUGCUUAGCAAAGGAGAUAUCCAUGAACCGACGCUGUUAAGGUGGGGAUUUUAACCCUCGAACUUUUAUAUAUAUAGACGUUGGGGAUUUGAACCUCCGAACUUUUAUAUAUAUAGGCUUUGGACCAAUACAAAUGUUUUAGUUGUGGUAUGAUCAUCUAAUCUUGAGACAUGCUAGAGUAUGUUUAAAUGCUGAGUUUUGUAAUUACUUGUAAAUACCCUGAACAGCCUGGGUAAAUACUACUCUCUGUGUGGAGAGCCCAAUAUUUUUGAAUUGUAAUCUCUGAUAUCCUAAACUAGUUAAAUAAUAUAAAAGUAGCCUGAAUUAUAGCUUA